CCAGCAGCCAACAGUGUCACAACAGCAGGCGCAACAACGCAAUUUACCACCACACCACCAGCAGCAUCUGCCGUCUCAACAGCAACAACAAGCGCUGCGCUCGCAUAUGCAGCCUGGAUCCGCACAGGUGUCAGGUGGCAUGACGCAGCAACAACAACAGCAGCAGCAACAGCGCCAGCAACAACAACAGCCACUCCAACAACAAAGGCUUCCACAUCAACACUCAUACAGUCCACAAACGGCACAAUUGCCCACGCCACCGUUUAGCGGCGGCCCAAGCGGCGCAUCGUACCAGAAACCGGCGCCAUUGUCGCGCAAUCUCACUAUAAGCGGCGGUCAUGCCAUGGAUACGGCCAGCUAUCCGCAACAACAACAACAACAGCUUCAGCAUCAACAACAACGGCGACCACUAGUCGGUAGCCAAUACGGUCCACCACAACAGCGCUCCUUCAGCAGCUCGGAAGAGGAGAUACAAGCUCAUAUGCUAGCGCCAUACUCGGCCGAAUAUAAUUACGACGCAUCUGGUAUUAUAAUUGGUGGUGGUGUUGGUGUUGGCGUUGGCACCGGCAACGACGUCGGCGUCGGUGUCAAUAAUGCCGGCGUACAUUUCGUACUAUCGCCGAGUGAACUGCAAAUCCAUGGGAAUCAACCGGUGAAUUGGCAAAUAUCCACGGAUAAUUCGUGCCUAAUUGGUCGUAUGAUAUUGCGAAAGUACUACGAUGGUGAGGAUAUUCUCGGCUUGAAAGUUGUGGGCGGUCAACGGCCGACAGCAGCAGCGGACGCGCACAAUAAGUCAGCCGAUUGCGGUGCGUUCGUUGAAAAGGUGAAGCGCGGUUCGGUAGCCGAUGUUGAAGGACAUAUACGACCAGGCGACGAAAUCAUCGAAUGGAACGGUCGAGUGCUGCGUAAUAAGUGUGCCGACGAGGUUUAUCAGAUAAUUGACGAAAGUCGCUUGGACGCGCAGGUCGAAUUGGUGGUUUCGCGAGCUCUACCCGCCAAUGCCGGUGAAAACAAUGCCAAACGUAAAGUAGGCGCCCCGCAGCAACAAGGUGUGACAGUGCAAAAUCAAUGUCUCGCGAGCACCAUUGCCAGUAGUGCUGUGGUCAGCAGCGGCGGACGCUAUUACACACGAAAAGCGCCCGCAGCGGCAAUCGAACAUCAUCGCGACAAGCCGAGCGUACUAAUCACAUCGCCCGGUUCGCCCGAUUUACACGCCACUAGCGGCGGUGCGCACACAUUGCGGCAGACGAAUGUGCAACAACGUGGCUACAGCGGCGACGCCGGUACGUAUCAGCAGCAACCAACGCAUCCACAAUCGAAGCAGCAAUCGCAAAAUCCGCUACAACAACAACCACAAAAACAACAACGGCACGGAGCGAACGUCGCGAACACAGCCAGUGCAACAGUAGUCGGUACUACAGUUACAACGACGACGGAGGGCCACCAUCAUCACUACCACCAGCCACCACCGCCAUCGCAUACGCAUCCGCAUGUCGCCGCCCACCACUUGCCCACAGUGGGUGUGGCGCAUGUGCUGUCCAUGGCCGUCGAGGGCCGCCUGCAGAUGAAACUCGGCUACGAUCAGAAUACCCUGCAGCUGAUAGUUACUAUCGUCUGUGCGACCGGUCUAACGCUGCGUCAGAGCGGCGCCGCUCGCAAUCCUUAUGCAAAAGUGUUCCUUCUACCCGAUCGGGGUACAAAAUCGAAAAGACGCACCAAAACUUUAGCGACUACAUGCGAACCGCGCUGGGGUCAAACGUUCGUUUACACAGGCUUAAGGCGUUCCGAUCUCACCGGUCGUUUACUCGAAGUGACGCUGUGGGAUUAUGUGCGCUAUGGGGCCAAUGACUUUAUCGGCGAAGUGGUCAUUGAUUUGGCGCAUCACGUGCUCGACGACGAAGCGGAAUGGUAUCAGCUGCAGCCCCACCAGGACACUUCGUAUCUCGUGAGCACUGGUUACUUGCGUCGCAAUGGCGCCAUCACUGGUCCCAGUGGCUUGAGCCUCAGCCAGCGCAGUCAUUCCGCCGCACCGACUGACAGCUAUCACGGUGUGACCGGCAGCGGUCACAGUUAUUAUCGCAGCAGCAGCCCUCGACGCGGUUCACUGUCGCCGCCCGACGAUCGCUACAUAGACUAUCCAGUGCUUCCAAUACACGCAACAGGCGGCUCAGCAUACGGGCAUUCACUGUCGGGUGGUGCGAGUUCGUUAAGUGCCACCGCCGGUGGUAUUCCCUUGGGUGGCUUAGGCGGCGCUGCAAUCGGCCCCACUGGUACAGCGCAACAGGGACGCUUUCAGUCACGUUCCGCAACAGCCACACCGACGGGUUCGCCCAAAAAACGGCAGCUGCCCCAGGUGCCGCAAACUUCACGCAGCGCGAUGUUACGCGAUCGCUUGGGUCAAGAGUUCGAUGAACGCCCGGGUGGCGGUCGCUUCGGUCGUCAUCGCACGCGUCAAAUUCAUCAUCAGGCCACAUACCGUAGUACCGGCAUGGGUGGUUGGGAGCGCCACUACACCGGCCUCUCGGACAGCGAUCUGCAAUCGAUGGAGGCGCGGACACGACCGCGACACUCGCUAUCACCCGAUAAGGACUUCAUGGGUGAAUUUGGCGAUUCGGAUAUGGAGUCGGUGGUGAGCGUGACAUCGAGCGCCUUCUCUACACAAUCGGAACGGCCGCGCGGUUCACGUGGACUGAGUUUGCCACGCAAUUGGCGCAGCUUGUACGGCGCCGACCCAAUGCCCGGCAGUGUCCCCACCACCACGCUUGCCGGUCACCAUGCACACGCUCGGGGACGCGGCUUCUUUGAGCGCUACCGCGCCAAUACGAUCGAAGUCGAUGAUUGUGAUUUUUUAUCAACCAGCUUAACGGGCGCGCCAUCACUGUACGGUAUGGGGCAGUCACCGCCACAUCUCAAUACAGCGUCACAACAGAUGUUGUUGUUGGAGCAGUUAGAGCAGCUGCAACAGCUAGCCGAACUAGCAGCAGCUGAUUCGCCGCCGAACACGGCUAAUUUGGUUGCGGCAUCCAAUCCACACAAAAUCCUCAGUACAAGCGUAACAAAUCACCUAUUACCACCACACCGACAAUUGCAACCGCAACAACUGCAACAAUUACAACAGCUACAUGAACCAACACAACUGCCAAGCCAACUCGUCAUAACCGACAAUAGCGGCAAUUUAAUAGUGGAUCCGUAUAUGCUUGAUGGAAGCACAGAGCCGGGUCUGUUGUUAAUGGAGCCGGCGGGCGUAACGGUGAUACCGCCUACACCUCCAUCCACAUUACCGCCGCCGCUGCCGCCGCCAGCGCACACUGUCAGCACACAAUUGCAACAGCAGCAACAACAACAACAGCCAUCACUUUCACAUCCACAGCCACAUCCCCAUAUAUUUCAUCCACAUCAAUACUUACCUCACAUACCGGAUUCCAUACAUUUCCCCGAGUUUCUAACUCAUGCUGCCGAAUUCAGUCCUUUCGCUGACAAGUUAUUUCCACGUGAUAGCUCCUUAGGAUCCAGUAGCCAUUACCCAUUCUACGAUCAUUUGCAACGUAUCACCACGCCAGUAGUGAAUCUAUUUCGUCAUAGCCCAAGCUCUACACUAAGUACACCGACUGCUGCUGCAGUCAAUUCGCCGCAUCAGCACGCCCAUUCCGUAUCAUCAUCGCCCUCAUCGUACAUUGCCUAUGUGCGUGAUCAUUAUGACAAUACAUGCAGCCACUGCCAAAACGGCAGCCAGCCGGUCGUACUGUCGACAAAUGCUGCACUCACCACACCCGGCAUUGCCAUAGGCGCUUGCGACAAUCCAUUUUGCAUUGCUGAAUCCCAUCCACAUCCACAGCAUCAUCCGGUCGCCUAUCCUUAUACAGCCGAACAACUGCUACGUAGACCGUCAUUGUCCAUGUAUCAGCCAUCGUCAGAGCCUUCACUGCCAACUAUGGAUCCAGCAAUAUGCGGCGAAUGUGUGGAUCAGCAUUUCGUGAGCGGUCUUACCGCACCACAAAUUGACUUGGGCGCUGUGCCCACCUAUCACGUACAUACCCCAACGCCAACAGCGCACAAAAAGGCCAAGUCCUCACUGGCACCGCCACCUCAACUGCCCACACAAUCGGUUUUGCGUCUGUCGCGACAAUUAAGCGAAGACGCACUUGUAACGGCUAUACCAAUUGCUGAAUCGAAAGCGCAGCCUACUUCGAUAUUGAAAAAACCGAAAGUUGGCGUACCAACGGGCACAUUAGAUCGGCGAAAAAUGUUUCAUGAGGGCCAAUCACGUUCACUAGAUUAUGAUGAUUUGCAUGCGAAGAGUUGGGGCCAUCGUCGCAUAAGAUACGAAGACGAGAUAUAUAAUCCGCCACUGGAAGAGCUAUCUCGUCGUUAUGGUUCCGAGACAAAUAUACGACAAUCUUAUAUGGGUGCCAAUGUUGACGCAGUCAAUCCGCUUAGUCACUCACACUUUCUUGUCACUGAUGACAAGAUCGUUACUAUUACCUAUGACUCGGAUGUGGGUUGGACGCGGCGCGGUGUUGCACCGUCUGUUUUUCACGAUCCGCGACGUCGCUUCGAUGGCCGCGAACGUAAUCAUAUGUCUCUAAAUUUACAGCGCACCAAUCAGGAAAAACUUUACGGCGCUGCACUGCCAUACCAAAAGCGGCGUCGCAAUCUGCCGCAUCCACCAAGCGCACAAAACGCCCACAAUUUCUCACCCGUUGAGGGUUACGACGACGACCCCAUGUUAAUGGACCCCACCACACAUUCGUCAGCUACGCUGCCGCCACAUAGUGGCGAACCAACAUCCAUGAACGGUACAGGCUCCGCCGAACGACCGGGACCAAUUGGCGAACAUCGCGAUCAACGUGAUCCACGCGAUGAACGCAAUCCGCGUGAUCUCAGUCGCUCAGUAGGGCCAGGCUCGUCACCUAGUCAACAACAACGUCAUCCAUCAUCAAUUAUCUCCAAACGCAGUAAAUCAUCAAUGGCCACCACUGGUGGUCAUCGUACACGUGUAGAACAGUUACAGCAUGAAUCGGGCAGUGAUCGCAGUAAUCUCGUUAGUAUCAAUGACCAACCCGAAUAUUUCGAAUACGAUGAUUACGGUGAUCCCUAUAUAGACUCGCACACUAGUCGUAAUUAUGCAACAACAACAACAAAUGCAAGUAGUAAUAGUUUUGUUAGUAGUGGUGGUAGUGUUAGGCAAAAAGGGAAAGAAGUUUCAUACGGCGCGGAACAACAGACGAAAUCUAGUAGUGGGAGUGGUAGUGGUGGUGGUGCUUCUUCUACUGCUGCUGCUGGUAAUAUCGUCGUCGGUGGUAAUAUUUCUAAUAAUGCUUCUUCUUCCUCUUUUGCAAAUUCCCAUCAUGGUGUCGCUAACUCCACAUCACCUAAACGUGCCUCAUUGAAACAUACAAAUACAACUAACGACGCUAACCUAAACGUAAACGUUGACGGAACAACAACAACAACAACAACUACAACUCCCAUACAAACAACAACUACAUCCACAAACAUCACAACCACAUCAUCGUCGAAUACAACAACAACUAAUGCGAUGGCAACAACAAAUUCAACCUUAACAACCUCAACAACAAAUCCUGCUGCCGCAACCACAACAACAACAACGAAUACUGGUGAUACAACAACUGCGGCUGGCGAUGCCGCUGCCACGGAUGAUGCCGAUGCACCGCUUGACGUCAUCGAUUGGGAUGCCAUCGACGCUAUGCUGGACGACGACUUCAGUGAAUAUGACAAAGACAAAAAUGGUGGUGGUGAGGAGAAGAAGGACGAUGCCAACUUUAGUCAGAGUGUUGAUGAGAAAGUUGAUGGCAGCUUAUCUGAUACAGCAACAGAUCGCAAAAAGGGCGGCGUCGAUCAAGAGCGCUCCCCCAAAGGCGGCAGCGGUAUGGGUAAAAAAUCCAACUCCACCUCGCAAUUAUCGGCUACAGGUCGUAAAAGACGUAUGGGCUUUGGAAAGAAGGGUAAGAACUCAUUUACGGUGCACCGCAGUGAAGAAGUUCUGCCAGGUGAGAUACGUGGGGCGCUGUCGCGCGGUUCGUCAUCUGAAGCCGAUGGCGGUGAGGCAUUAGCUGAUGGCGGAGCCGGCACUGGUGGGGACAGAUUUUCACCAUCGCUGCGUGGCAACGAUGGUCAGCUGUCGGAGUUCAUAGACGGUUUGGGGCCCGGUCAACUGGUUGGGCGGCAAGUGUUGGGCGCACCAUCGCUGGGUGAUAUACAGUUAUCAAUGUGCCAUCAAAAGGGUUUCUUAGAAGUAGAAGUUAUACGUGCUAGAGGCUUACAGCAAAAGCCAACGUCGAAAAUGCUUCCCGCUCCUUAUGUUAAAGUAUACUUGGUUUCUGGCAAACGUUGCAUUGACAAGAUGAAAACUUCGACGGCAAGGCGCACAUUGGAUCCGCUCUAUCAACAACAAUUGGUAUUCAAGCAGCCAUACCAGGGAUGCAUUCUGCAGGUGACCGUUUGGGGUGACUAUGGCCGCAUCGAGAAGAAAGUUUUCAUGGGCGUGGCACAGAUAAUGCUCGACGAUUUAAACUUAUCGAACAUCGUCAUCGGCUGGUACAAACUCUUUGGAACAACCUCACUGGUCAGUUGUCCCACUAAUUUAGGUCUAUCUAGGCGCUCAUCAAUUGCAUCACUUGACUCACUCAAACUAUAG